GCUCACCGCCUCACAGGGAGGAAACAACGUUCCGACCAGAGCAGCCGCUGCCAGCGAUGCAAUGCCUCGUUUUACACAUGAACCCUGGGCAUAGGCACCUCCUGAGUGCCACGGUCACCUCGAAGAGACAGUGCCAUCCUUGUUUUCGCUGAUCAUUUGCGAUAAGCUUCAGUAGGGAGUAUACGAAAGGACCUAAGGUAGCCGGUAGAGACCGGAGUCGGGGCUUUAUGUUUGCCGGAAAGAAGCUGGAGAGGAAGCUGAAGCAAUGGGUUUCUCCUUCAGCCUUCGAUGAACUGAAUUAAGCUGGACCCACACGACUCAGCUAUCCUGCCCCUGCCUACAGUGGGGGCUCCCUUCUCCCUCUCGCCUUCUCCAGCUAUGGCAGGUUUCAAGCGGGGCUAUGAUGGCAAAAUUGCUGGCCUGUACGACCUAGACAAGACACUGGGCCGUGGUCACUUUGCUGUGGUCAAGCUGGCACGCCACGUCUUCACUGGAGAGAAGGUGGCGGUGAAGGUGAUUGACAAGACUAAGCUAGACACCGUGGCUACAGGCCACCUUUUCCAGGAAGUCCGCUGCAUGAAGCUGGUCCAGCACCCCAACAUUGUGCGCCUAUAUGAAGUGAUAGAUACUCAGACCAAGCUUUACCUCAUCUUGGAGCUAGGCGAUGGAGGGGAUAUGUUUGACUACAUCAUGAAACAUGAGGAGGGUCUGAAUGAAGAGCUUGCUAAGAAAUAUUUUGCCCAGAUUGUCCAUGCUAUCUCCUACUGCCAUCGGCUACAUGUGGUGCACAGGGACCUCAAGCCAGAGAAUGUGGUGUUCUUCGAGAAACAAGGGCUGGUCAAGCUCACAGACUUUGGAUUCAGUAACAAGUUUCAGCCGGGAAAAAAGCUGACCACCAGUUGUGGAUCUCUGGCAUACUCUGCACCAGAAAUACUGCUGGGUGAUGAGUAUGAUGCUCCAGCUGUAGAUAUCUGGAGUCUGGGUGUGAUCCUGUUCAUGUUGGUAUGUGGCCAGCCACCGUUCCAGGAAGCUAACGACAGUGAGACGCUCACCAUGAUCAUGGACUGUAAAUACACUGUACCGGCCCACGUCUCCUGUGCCUGCAAAGAUCUGAUAGACCGUAUGCUUCAGAGGGAUCCUAAGCGACGGGCCUCCCUGGAGGAGAUUGAGAGCCAUGCCUGGCUGCAGGGGGUAGACCCUUCCCCAGCCACCAAGUACAAUACUCCCCUGGUCUCCCACAAGAACCUGUCUGAAGAGGAACACAACAGCAUCAUCCAGCGCAUGGUGCUUGGAGACAUCGCCGACCGAGAGGCCAUAGUGGAAGCCCUGGAGACUAACAAAUACAACCACAUCACAGCCACAUACUACCUACUAGCGGAGAGGAUCCUAAGGGAGAAGCAGGAAAAAGAGGUCCAGACUCGCUCCUCCAGCCCCAGCAACAUCAAGGCUCACUUCAGGCAGUCGUGGCCCACCAGAGUGGACAUGCAUCAGGACAUAGAGGACAGUUUGGCAGCAUCCUCUAUCUCCCACGCUGGAGGCCCCCAGUCCCCAGCCCGCAGUGCAGAAAACCUCCUCAAUGGACAUCGCUCCAAAGGCAUGAUGGAGCUGGGCCGACGGAAUGAAACAACAGUCACCGACUCUCCAGGUCUACCAGCACCGGGAGCCUGUGCUGCUGCCUCAGGCCCUGCUCCUGGGUCUGCUUCUGGGACCAUCAGGGCCGCACCAUCCACCUCAGCAGCAGCCAAGCAGAGAACCUGUCUGUUCAGGGUGGAGGAGGAUGAAGAGGAGGAGGAAGAGCAGGACCCCUCUCCCCUCCCAACCCAGGUGAUCCUGAGGCGUAAGCCCCCCUCCAUCACUAACCGCCUUACCUCCAGGAAAAGUGCCCCGGUGCUCAACCAGAUUUUCGAGGAGGAGGGGGAGUCAGACGAUGACUUCGACUUGGAUGAGGGCCUGCCGCCCAAACUCAGCCGUCUCAAGAUGAACAUGGCCGGGAACGCAGCCAACCUGAGCUCCGGGGCAGGCUCCUCUUCGUCCCCGGGGACCACGCAAAAGCGCUAUCACCGACGCAAGAGCCAGGGAAGGGGGUCAUCAUGUUCGAGCUCUGAGACCAGUGAUGACGACUCAGAAAGCCACCGUAGGCGUCUGGAUAAAGACUCAGGCUUCAGUUAUGGCUGGAACAGAAGGGACAGCAGUGAGGGGCCACCUGGCAGCUCAGGGGGCAAUGGAGGAGGCAGCAGCUCAGGGCAAAGUAAACCUCCAGGAGAGGGAGGCGGAACCUCUGGUCCCGACAGGGGGAGUCCUCCUGGAGGGGGUGGUAAUGGAGGAGGAGGGCAUGGCGGCAGUGGAGGGGGGAGUGGGGGAGGAGGAGGGGGUAAUAAAGGACAAGACAGCCCCUCCAGUUGUUGUAACAACAGUAGCACUACUCACCCCUCCCUCAGCUCUGUGUCACGCUCGUCCCGCACGGCGAGCCGCAGCACUGAGCUGAUGGAAAGCCUGAAGCUGAUGAGUCUGUGCCUCAGCUCCCAGCUGCAGCACCACCGUGGGGGGCGGGGAGGGCGAGGAGGAGGGGGUGGCAAGUUCAUCAUAGACCCUGGUACCCUCUCAGGAGGGAGCGUGAAAGUCCAGGAGAAAUCAGCCUGGAGGAUGUGCAUUGGCUCCACCGGGAGCGUGGACACCGUCACCCUCCCCACCACCACUGCCCUGCCUCGCACCUACGCCGCCCACCGCAAAACAGCGCCACAUAGCCCCCCGGGCCUGCCAGGUGGCAGGGUCGCUCACAGCAACCUGAGCGCCUUGAAAAAUGGUGUGCUUCAACUACCUCUGUGUGAGAAGACCAUCUCUGUGAACAUCCAGCGGGGCGGGGGCUCCAGGGACGGCCUGCUCUGUACCUCAGCUCCAGCCAGCUGCUGCCAGGUCAUCUGAAGCUCUGCCUCUCAGUCCCCCUACAUGUUGGGCUAGUUUAAACACAACCUAUUGUGUUAAGCUGGAGCAGAUAGCUGAGCUCACAUCAGCUCACUAUCAACACAUCUGCCUUCUGCUGCUGUCGUCACUUUGUUGAUUUUAACAUUUAGGAGUGUUUCUUUUGAUCCCUGUUUUGUGUCCCCCUAACGCCCUCCAGAGAAGUGGAACUGAUAUGUUGUUACAAUCUUAAAGGGACAGUUGGGCUUCUUUUCAAGUGGGGUUGUAUGAGGUACUUAUCUAUAGUCAGUGUAUUUCCUACAGUAGAUGUGAGUUGGCAAGCUCCCAGUUCGCAGAAGCAGUCGGAGGCUCAGCUAUGUACUGCUUUGGAUGGUGGUCAGCGGCAAAACAUAUUUUAGUCACUUAAGAAAAGACCUACCUAAAAACAUUAUCAGUCUAACAGGAUGAUACAUUGAGAAUAUUUUCACUGCUUUACUUUGCCUUUACCUCGCCGUCAGACAGCCCUUUACUUGUUGUUGGGGCCAGAAAGUGCUGCUGCAUGAUCAGGCUAAAACCAAACUUCACUUUCAGAGAAAGUUGUUUUUUUCUGGGCUGUUCAAAUAGAAAUUAAAACAGCUGUAUUUAAUUCCACUGAAUAUAGACCUCAAAACUCCACCUGCAAACUGAGACAACUGGCCGUUUAGAGUUAACAUUUCUCUCAAAAGGAUUAUGUGAAACCACCACCAAAUAAGCUAGAGAGAGAGAGAGAAGAAAACUGCUGUACCCAACUAUUUGGUAAAAUUAGGCUUAAUACCUACAAAUAAUGAUCCUUCCCAAAGUUCAUCUACAGAAACCUUAUUACUUCUUUUUCUUCCUCAAGAUAGUCAAGUUUGAUUGUCUUUUCAGCGCUUUGUCAGUCACUUUUACUAUAGUGAGGGUAAAAUGGAGCGUGAGAUGGAUAGGCUGUUUGGUGCAGAGUCUGUUGUGAUGCGGACACUGUGCCGGACUGUUGUGGUGGAGAGGGAGCUGAGCCAGAAGGCGAAGCUUCUAAUUUACCGGUCCAUCUACGUCCCAAUCCUCAGCUAUGGUCAUGAGCUUUAGGUAGUGACAGAAAGAAUUAGACUGCUGAUAUAAGCGGCCGAAGAGUUUCCUCCAUGCGGUGGCUGGGCUCAGCCUUAGAGAUAGGGUGAGGAGCUCAGACAUCUGGAGGGAGCUCGGAGAAGAGCCACUGCUCCUUCGCAUUGAAAGGGGCCAGCUAGGGUGGUAUGGCCCACUGGUAGGAGGCUCAGAACACGUUGGAAGAAUUAUAUUUCUCAUCUGGCCUGGAAACAGAUCCUAACCAAGUUCAGGUAGCAGUAGCCCUCUGGGUCUGUGAGCAUGAGUUUACACUUUCAAAAGUUAGUUUCUACUCUUUCUGGCCCUCCGGUUUCCAUGCAAGUUUCCCCCUCUCUCUUUUUCAGCCUGUAUAGUUUCCUUCCACAAAAUUUCUUCUUCUAUAUACUGUGGUUGACAAAGGUAUCCUUUUGUCUCCACAGUGAACAGCAUUUUAUCAGCACUUUCAUAAUCACUCUGUUUGUUAUUUUUUUGUAUUUGUUGUCUCUUCCAUAAUCCACUAAAAGCCUGACCCAAACAGCUGACCUGCAGCACAACAUGGAGAGCAGCACAGUUGGGCUUUUGGAUAAGAAUACAGAAAUUGUACAACUGAGAAAAUGUACUGCCAGUGGAAAAGGGCUUUCUGAUGGCGAGGUAAAGCGGUGAAAAUAUUCUCAAUAUAGUGUUCACUUAGACUGAUAAUGAUUUUGUUAGAUUUAUUUAUUUAUUUUGAUUGAAAUAUGUUUUGUUGCUGCCCCCUGACUACAGCAGUACAUUGCUGAGCCUACAUGGUGGUACUCUGGGAGCGUUUCGGCUAACAUCUACUAUAUGUAAUGCACUGACUAUGGAUAAGUACCUCAUACACCCCCCAUUCCAAAAAAAAUCCAAGCUAUCCAUUUAAGAACAGUAUGCUGGUUUUAGAUCACAGUAAAAUGAGGAAGGUUUGAUGCUGACUGGUUGUGGGAUGGAAAACACAAUAGCAGAAAAGCACUUUCUUUAGAUUUAUUGUGAAGGGAAAAAUGCCAGCAAAAAAGUCAAAACAUGGAGACAAUUUUUGUAUUUAUGUUAUGAACAUAAAGUCAAUUCUUUGAAAAAAAAAAAAAAAAAGGUCACUAUGAGAACAAAAAAAGUAAUUUAGGAGACAAGUCAUAAUCAUUUAAGAAUGAAGUUGGCAUUUUACGGAACAUUUUUUAAUAUUUAGAGAUAGUCAUUAUAUAAAAAAGUCAUUUUGAAGCUAAGUUGUAAUGUCACAAAAAAAUUGUAAUAAUUUGAGAUAAAGAGGGAGAAGUCACAAUGCUUCAUGAGUAAAUUUGAUCAGGAAAUCUACAUUUUUCCUCUAAACUUAUUUUCAGGUUCUGACUUAAUUUCAUGAAAGUGAGGGGGGGGGGUUCUAUUUCUUUCAUUUACAAUUUCAACUUUAUUCUCAAAACACAACACUCAAAAUAUUCUAUUUUUAUUUUUAAUGUGUGGGAUUAUUUUCUUGGAACAGCAGCCCUUAUACUCUGUAGUUGUAGUGCACAGUGGUCAGGCUGUUCUCAUGCACUGUUGGUACCAGUAGUUACAGGAACUAUUGAAAUAGUUGCAGUGCUGCACUGUAGCAGGCAGCUGACUCUCCAUGCUAAUAAACACUCCUUCACACCUUCCUUCCUUCCCCUCUGAAUGUUAGCUAUCUGUGGGUCUAUAACAUGAAUUACAUUUUUAUAAACCCAUGCAGGAACCUCUGUUUUACCUGAAGAGAAAAGGUUUUAAUUUUGACUCCAUAUUGCACUCAGACAAUCUGUUUUAUCUUGUUUUUGAAAUGAUUUCUACUAGAAUGAGUUCAUAUGAUCUGUCAGAACCCCGUUAUAUGUGGACAGUGGCUCUUUCUAGAGGUAAGAGUUUUACUUUAAUAAAUGAGACAUCAAAAGAAAAGCUGGUGGUUAAUCAAAGUGGGUGUGUGCACUCCUCUGUAGCAAGAUGAUGAAAUGUUACUGCUGACCAUAUAUUUUAAAUGAAGUAUUGCUAUUGUUUUAUCCAUAUUUUAAUGUGUUGCUGGUAGAGAACAUAAGUUGUGUCUGGCUCAAGUAGUGUGUCCUGAUUUGAUCUCUGCUGACUUCUUUCAGUACCACCUGCACCCACGUCUCCCGCAGCUGACUGUACAUGUGGGUGCAGUGUGUUGACUGGUGUAUAUAUAGUAUGUUGAAAAGUAAAGUUUAUUUUUAAAAUGUGUACAUUUUGUGGAGCGAUUUGCUGUUGAUGACAGGAGCCUGUGUGAAGUGUCACUGGUUAGAAUAAGUGUGUGUGGUGCAGGUUAACCAGUAGGAGUUCACCUGUGCUUUAAAAGGGGCUGGCCAACAGAUGAAAGACAGGAAAGAUGAAAUGGGAAAAUUCUUUAAGGGCAUUGGCAAUAAGCUAUCUGGUGUGUUGCAGCUAUCUGUACAGAAACGUUUUCAUUAGUUAAUUUUUUUUUAAAUUCCAAACUUGUGCAGCCUCACAGCAGCUGACUAAACAGAAACACAGGAAAGCUAUGUUUGAAAUAUUUCUUUGUCUCUUGGGUUGUUGUCUGAGUUUUCUUUUUCAGAGUAGAUGUAAAUAGAGUUGUAAAUAUGGUGCUCUUUCUCUUUAUCUAGAACAACAGAGUGAACCCUUUGGUGCAUAGUUGUACAGUAAUCUAGCCUUAUGAUAAUUAGUAAUACUGUAUGGGUGUCUCAGCUAAAAGUAAAGCCUAUUCAUACUGUCAGGUCUGUUUGACUGUUGUCUUACUCAGUUGUAUCCAGGUGAAUGAUGUGCAUGUGUUUCAGUGUUUAACAUUCAAUGACACACAGAGAGAAUCAGCCACAGAAAUGUUACUGGACCAAAAAGCAGCAGAAGAAGAAGAAAAAGGGGCAAAAAGAAAAAAAAGUUAGAACUGACAGAAAUAUUCAAUGUAUUAUUCUGUAGUUGAUAUCAGUUGUCAGAAGUUACAUAUAGCUAUGGUAAUAUCCAAAAAUAAAAUGUGAAAUACAGUCUUGUGUUGUAUCUG